AUGUAUUCCCUGACGUUUGUCCCUAUCUUUCUUGCUGCCCUUGUGGCUGCGCAGGGCGAUAACGUAAUCUUCACUGGAUUCGACUUCGAAGGCAGUUCCAAGACUAUAUCGUCGAGCGGCGCGUGUUUUAUCCUAGCUCCGCCGUUCAGGAAUCAAGUCCGCUCAAUUCAGGUCGCCGAUGGGGUUCAUUGUCAAUUAUUUAGGAACAGCUGUACUGGCCUGGUGGAUGAUGCAUAUGUAAGCAAUUCAUAUAUUGACGAAUGGUACCAGGUCGGGUCUAUUCGCUGCACAGAAACUGAUGACGGUGAAUAA